CCGCAAACCAGCCCAAACAAAGAUGGCACCGAUCAACCCAGCCGAAGAAGACGCGAUCGCGGCAAGCAUUCUGCAGGAGCUGUCAGACACUUCAUACGCAUGCUCCUCGUUAACCCAGCUCAGGGGCGGAACCGCUAACUUUGUCUACCGUGGAUUCCUGGCCCAGCCGUUACCCGGCGAUGAUGGGUUCACCGUCAAGAGCGUCAUCAUCAAGCACUCUACCGACUUCGUCGCCAUUAAUCGGGAUUUCCCUCUCGAUGUCACUCGCUGUACAUUCGAAGGAUACAUGCUCAAUCCCCUCGCUGCCUUCUUGCCCCCUCCCACCGCAGACGCCGUGAUCAAGACCCCGCGCCUCUACCACUUCAACCGCCAGACUAACACCCAGGUGAUCCAAGACUUCCCGGGCACAGAAGACCUCAAGUCUAUAUUUUUCUUACCCGACGCCGCCGAUUUCCUGCCUGGCCCCAGCCCCGUCACAAUUGGUCAUCGCUUGGGAUUUUGGCUGAAGGCAUUUCAUGUGUGGGCUAGAGAGCAGCAUCAGGGGAAACAGCACAAGGCGAUAGGGGUGAACAACCCGAUGCGGGACCUUAAGAGAAUGAUCACAUAUGAUAGCGUUUUGGGGGUGAUCGAGAACUAUCCGGAGUUAUUGGCCGGGCAUAAGGAGGCAUUGGAGACCAUCCGGGAUGCAAUGGGAAAAGAGUUUGAGAAGCUGCCUGGAGAGGAGGAUGGUGAGGACUGGGGAGUUAUACAUGGUGACUUCCGGUCAGGGAACGUCCUCCUCCAGAAGGAACCAUGGAAAGCAACCGUUGAGGGAACUAACAAGCUCUUCAUCAUCGAUUGGGAAUUCAGCCAAUACGGCCACCGAGCCUAUGACCUCGGCCAAAUGAUCGGCGACCUGUAUGAGCGCAAGGUCUUCAACGACAUUGACAUUGUGAUACCCGUUAUGCAGGGUUUCAUUGAUGGAUACGGUGAGCUGAGCGACGACAUGGCUUAUCGGAUUGCAAUUCAUGCUGGUGUCCAACUGAUCACCUGGUACAUUAGACGGCCCCGGACAGGUCCGUUGACAGUGCCCCUGGAGGAUAUCGUCGCAGGAUUGAGGGUGGGAAGAGACAUCAUUCUGAAGGGAUGGGAGAAGGAUCGAUUCUUUGAGGGAAGCAUGCUAGCGUCUUUGUUUACUAAGUAAACCAUAACAGGACAACCUCCUUUUAUAAGGAAAGAGUCGCGGGUUAUACGCAUCUCAUUGAGUAAGGUACCUAAUCCUUACAUCUAUGGGUGUCCUGUCCAGGCCCGACGCGACGAUAGCUCGCCUCUAGUCCGGGUUCAUCACGGUGGUCUUCCGCCUCCCAACGACCAAGGCCAAUAGCAAGCAGACGAUCAAGUACACGGCUGUUGCUGCUGGAAUUCUCAUCCUUCGAGCGUCGGGUGGAUAACACUGUACCCGGCGUAUGAGAGGACUGGGAGAAGGCGGGCGCGAGUAGCCAGCAGACCGUUACAUCGCACACUC